AUGUUUGUUGAUUAUUCAGGUUUACAAAGGUUUAGUACCAUUAAUGAGAACUUCGCAAAUAAAUAUUUGCAAAUGUUGCACUUCGAUGCGAUUCAGUCUCCAGAGCAGAGACUAGGUCUGCUCAAGAAACACUCGGAAGACUUUAAGAGUAUUCAUUUGGUUCGUCUUGAAGAUUUCCGUUUGGAUUGGGGGAUCAUUGAUUAUCUGUAUAAGAUGCUGCUUUGUAUUACGCAAAUGCGUGAGGUUGCCUCGUAUAUCAAGAGAUGCCCGACCGUUUACGUUGUUGAGAUGUUUGACCGUACUUGUCCCAUGAGCCGAUACUCAAUGGAAAAUCUUUCUGGCACUUUGACCAAAGCGUGCCAGGAAUUUCAGAGUUCUUAUAAUGAUAUUCGAAAUGAACUAUGUGAAGAAGUGAAGAGAACGAUUGUUGAACUGAAACCGGACUAUGGAUUUUUAAAUUUUGAGAAAUGGCAUCCUUUACAGAAAUUUCUGUUCUACGAGUGCCUUGAUAAUCUACCUAAAUAUAUGAUCCCACAAACUCAAGUCAUUCUUAUCCCCAAAGUCUUCCCCAGACUGUAUAUGGAACAGGUCAAUGGUAACGGGUUCAUGAAAGCAAGCUCUCAGAUGCGCUUUCUAAUAUUUGAUACACUCUCCGCUGAGCGUGGUUUUGAUUCAGUUGGUGCUCAUGAAUUAGUUUUAAAGUUGCUCGAUUCCAAAGUAACGACAAUUUGGAAAGAGAAUGAGGAAAAUGAUUUCAUUGGUACAGCGACCAAAAAUCCUUUAAGUGAAGAUGUUAUUGAAGAAGCACCAUCUUUGGAAAAUAUAUCUAAGGAGCCGGACUUCCUCAGAGUGUUCCAAGAGCGUGAUGCGAACGCUGACGCAAACCAGGCGCAGGACAAAGUACCUGCCAAGUUACCUGCUUUGCAUAAAAGGACAAAGAUGAGAGAAUAUUGCAAAUAUUCAAAUUCUGAAAGCGAAUCUACCAAUGAUGAGAUAAACACUGUGGGAGUGAAAAAUUCUCACGAGGAGAAAAAUUCUGAUGAAGAAAGAUCACAAACCGACAUUGGUAGCUCCUCGAAAAGCAACCAUGAUGAUAUAUUUUCUCCAUUAAGUUUUGGAAAUUUACAAUCUGCUGUUACACCAGACAACUAUUCCGAAACAUCUGAGAAAGAAAAGAAAUAUUUAAAUCUUGAAGACAUGGCCUACACGGCUAGCUUAUUCCCACCACCACCUGAAUUACCUCCAAAUGCAUUUAGGCAACGUUAUAAUUAUAAUGAGCAUCAAUCGAAGAGAGAAUCAGUGAAACUUAAAUUCAGAGAAUACAUUGGUAGACCAAUACAAAAAUGUUUCACUCGCACGCAUGAGCCCAUGCUGUUUGAUACAACGGAUUCGUUCGCCGAGUUUCAAGGUGCACUUUGGGAUGAUAUGUCUAGUAAAAAAUUCAUCAAAUUCAAGUUGAAGAAAUUUAAGAGAGAUUGUCGUUAUUAUGGCCAUAUAGCGAAGAGUUUUUUUGAAGAUCUUCAUGAGGAUGAUGUACGCUAUUGA